AUGUCCUCGAUAACCUUCCCGUACUCUGGUCCCGGCCAUGAUUCUGGGUCGUCGUCCGCGGAGCAUAAGUCGCACCAUUACUCGGCGUUCGAAGGUGUAAGCGUCUCGGGCACAGACGAGUUCCAAAUGAACCCGCUCUCGUCCCACCCGCCGCGCACUCCGCGCACGUCGGUCGCGGGCACGCAUACUUACAGCGCUGAAAUAUAUCGAGCGCAAGAGCAAGAGGAAACCGUCGAGCGGAAUUGGGGGAACGAUAGCGAGCUCGAGGAGGAGGACUCUGCUGCGAAGGCGCAGGCGGAGGGGAAAGUGCGGAAGGAGGAGAUCUGGAAGGAGAUGCUGUCGACGAGUUAUGGGCGGGACAAGACCUUCAAACUGAUGCAGUAUUCGCUGCGCAUGUACCUGCUCUUCCACACGUCUCUCCUCGCCUCAGCCGCGUUCAAGAACACGCCGCGCCCACCUUGGGAACGGGAGCUCGUGAAGCGUUUCGAGUCGGCGAUCGGCGGGUUCUCGCUUUCCAGAAAAUGCCUCAUCCUCUUCAACUGGCUCGCGCCGCUCAACUCCAUCCUCACACAGCACUCGUCGGUCCCGUACGCCUCGGACGUGUCCGCGCCGGCACAGAAGUCGCAGGCGAAGAGCACGCCGCUGCUGUACACUUUCCUGCACACGUCCCCGCCGGUGCUGCUCGAGUUCAUCAACGGCGUCUCGGACGACGUGUACACGUUCUCGCGCCUGGGCCUCCUCGGGCCGAAGACGGGCGCGCGCGCGGGGCGCUUCGCGGACUGGUGCUGGUUCGCGAGCACCCUCGUGAACCUGGUCGAGAACACCGUCGAGCGCGGCGUGCUCCUGAAUCUGCAGCACGAAGUGGAGUCGCGGCUCUACUCUGAGUCGCUGACGGGCGUGACGGGCAAGUCGAAUCCCGCCGCACAGAAGGUGGACGAGAAGGAGCUUGCGCGACUGCGCAGGCAAGACUACUGGAUCCAGGUCACGCGGAUGAAACUGCUGAUGGACCUCGUCUACGUCUCGUACAACGUCUUCCGCCUCAGGCGUGCGAAGAGCUCAAUACAGACGAUCACCGGCCUCGCCUCGGCGGCGCUCAGCUCCGCCAAGCUGUACGACCGCCACAAAACUUCCCUGGUCAAGGCCGUCAACCUCUGA